AUGGCGCCCCGACCACUCGGACCUCAAAUCCAAAUAAGACCCGUAACCUCAGAAUCCGAUGUCCCUAUGCUUGCUCACCUGGCCGAUAUCGCCCUGAAGCCCGAUGGCUUCCACGAGUUCCGCAGGCGCUACAGCUCGAAGAACAUUUACGACGACUGUGCCGAGAAAGUGACGGCUUCGCUGCGUGACGUCCGUGGACGAUAUUUUCUGUUCAAGGCUGUGCGUGCCCCUGAGUCUGCGUCCGAGUCUCAGUCCGACGUAGAUGCAAAGGAUUCGGUAGGGAAGGAAGAAACGAUCGUGGCCUUCGCGCAGUGGCAAAUCGGCUAUAUCGAGACGCCCAAGACGGAUCCGUUUGCACCAAAAAAGGAAAUGGUCGAAUCCUCGACUUUGGAAGCAGGUGUAUCGAAUGUGGCGACCUCGGAGGCCGGUGAUCAAGAUGAAGGCGAGGCUGUAGGUAUAGCUGACCAAGAGGCUUCGAAGCCUGUUUAUCCAAAUCCGGACGCCGAGUUGCUUCGGAAACUUAGUAAUUCGUACAUUGGUACAAUAAGGGGGAAGAGGCAUUUGUUUCUCCAUCGUUUGAUGGUCCAUCCUUCAUAUCAGCGCCAGGGGAUUGGCCAGAGGCUCCUAGACUGGGGCAUCGAAACUGCCGACCGGGAGAACAUUGUUUCUUGGUUGUUUUCUCGACCAGCUGGGUCAAGAUUGUAUGAGAGGAAUGGGUGGAAGGAGGUUUUGGCGACAGAGGUUGAGGUUCCAGAUGAAGAUUUGAAAGUGGCGCCUGUUAUAUCAAUGCUGAGGCUACCGAAAGGGCGAACAGGCUAG